GCACCGGCAACCCGCUCGCAACACGGCGCACCGCAUCGCAUCGGGAUAAAUACAGACAAAAUGGCGCGAAACUCGGAAAAGGCGCAGUCGAUGCUGUUUCGCUUCCGCGAGGCACAGGCGGCAGAUCUCGGCAUCAUCGACACAGGGCGCACACGCCGCCCAAAGCGCAUCACCGAAGUCGAAACAAUCCCGGUUUGCGAGAAAUGGCGCGGCCAAGUGCUCAAGGAGAUCUCUCGCAAGGUGUCCCGUAUCCAAGAACCCGUUCUUAGCGACUUUCAGAUCCGCGAUCUCAACGACGAAAUCAACAAGCUGAUGCGUGAAAAGCACAUGUGGGAAGUACAAAUACGAAACCUUGGCGGACCAAACUACAUGCGAGGAGGCGGGAAAGUGUACGACGAGCAGGGCAAAGAGAUACCCGGCGGCGGCAAGGGAUACCGAUACUUUGGACGAGCCAAGGAGCUGCCUGGCGUGAAGGAGCUCUUUGAAGCGGCCAAGACGCAAGGCAAAGACGACAAGCCGCUAGAUAAAAGCAAAGAUUUACGAAAAGCAGUGGAUGCGGCAUACUAUGGAUACGCACCGGACGAGGAGGACGACGAGCUGCUCGCGUACGAGGCACAGAAGGAGAGGUUGGCUGUGCAGAACUUGAUCAAGAAUGGGCCACAGGAUGUUCCUGAUGGAUGGGAGUCUCUACCGGGUGAUGGAGGCGAUGGCCAAGAUAUGACGCUGCCGACGCUGCAAGAGGUCCAGGACGAGCUGGUGGAACGCAGGCGGCGAAAGCUGCUAGACUCGCUCUAAGAAGGGGACUAUCUUUUUCGACUGUAUUUUUUUUUAUCAACUGGCGUUUUGGUUACAGGGAAAGCAUACUCUAGGUAGUAGACGGCGUAAAUUGAUCGAUCUGAUUCCAACAAAGAGGGCAAAGUGUGUUUCGCAUUGCGGUCGGUGCUCUUUGGCAUACCAUCGCGGGCAAUUUAAUUAUGGUGGUAUCGCGCCGGGGCUAAAGGAUGAUGUCGCGGCAGCAGUACUGGGAAGACGCAUGCCGCGUUGAUUGAAACGAAGGAGGCGAGGUUUACCCACGGCGAAGAAAUCCGCCCCCCCCGCACUAAUUACAGUAGAACCUCCCUUGUUUAUAGUGUUUGUGCUAUUUGACAGGCGUUAAUUGCAGUCUGGCUCACCUGAGGUUGCGACUCGCCUCUCGGCCGGAUGGCUGCGCCGGGGGUCAAGGUGGGAUGGGAUGCGC